UUAUUUUAAUGGCAGAAUAAGAGUAACAACAGGCACCUGCUCCAGAAUAAUAAUAAGCAGCCCCAGCUGAGAAGAAAGGAUUCGGAAGAGGAGGAAGAGGAUAAAGAGAAAGAAGAGAAGGAGGAGCUCCAAGAUAAAAUAGAGGACCCAGAAGAUUCGGUGGUGAAUAAGAAUGGACCCCAUUGACCAAAUUGGGAAGAUUAGUAAAGGCUGGUAAAAUCAAGAGUCUUGAAACUAUUUUCUAAUUCUCAAUUCCAAUUAAGGGUAUCAAUAAUUUUGAAAUAUUUUAGAAUAUCAAAUCGUCGAUCACUUCCUCAAGAACUUAAAAGAGGAACCACUUGCCAUUGGCCCAGUCUAAAAGCAAACAUGUGCAGGACAAAGAACCAGAUUCAAGGCCUAUGUCGUAGUCGGAGAUUCCCACUAACACAUUGGUUUGGGAUGGAAAUCAGCCAAAGAAGUUCAAGGAGCCAUUAAAGGAGCAGUCAUCAAUGCUAAACUUAAUUUGAUUCCAGUCAGAAAAGGAUAUUGGGGAAAUAAGAUCGCCCAACCACACACAGUCCCAUGCAAAGUGACAGGAAAGGAAGGAUCAGUCAGAGUUAGAUUGGUCCCAGCACCCAGAGGUACUGGUAUAGUUGCAGCCAUCACAUCCAAGAAGGUCUUGUAAAUGGCUGGUAUCCAAGAUUGCUACACCCAAUCCAAAGGAAGUACAAGAACCAGAUCAAACUUCUUGAAAGCUACCUUCCAUGCCCUUAAAGAAACCUACAAUUUCCUUACCCCAGAUCUUUGGGGACACACCAAAUUAGAAUCAACACCAUUCUAAGAACAUAGCGAAUAUUUGGCCGCCUUAAAAUGAGAUAAUAUUGCAAUCAGUAUAUUAUAAUGGAUGUUCAUUAUUUUUCAAU